AUGGCCACAUCAUCUAACACUGGUUUAGUUACGGCAGCUUUUUCGUCGCUACUUGGGUUGACACCAUCAAAUGCUUCUGUGCCAGCAGUGACUAUUGAUGCUCUUAAAAUCUAUUCAUGGGCGGUUCCAGUUGCUGGUAGAUCACUUGUACUGAACAUACAUGGACAAGAUCUACAGAAACCACUGGAUGUUACUGAUAGUGACACUAUUAGGCACUUGAAAGUAAAUAUUCGAGACAAGGAAGGAAUACCAAUCGAUGAACAAAUACUAUUAUUCAAGUCCAUCGAGUUAGAAGACAAUCGAACAUUGAACAGCUAUGGAAUACAAGAUGGAUCAAUUCUGUAUCUCUAUCGUCGAUUCCACCGUGGCGAAAUUUUUGUUAAAACUUUAACCGGAAAAUUAAUAGUAUUAGACGUGGAACCAUCCGAUACCAUUGAAAAUGUGAAAGCAAAAAUGCAAGAUAAACAAGGAAUUCCACCAGAUCAACAUUGUUUAGAUCAAGAACAAAUUGGUUUCUUUCAUCCUACUGCAAAUUGGAAACAUGUCAAUGAAUGGUUAAAACAUUUCGAUCAAAUCAUUGAUUCUCCAACAAAUGAAUAUUCUUUUUUUAAUAAAGAACAACAGACAAUUCUCGAUGAAAAUCAAACAAUUUCUUCAAUACUUAUUGAUGGAAUCGAUCGAAAUAUAACAAUAAAAGUUACAUUUACUUAUGAAACAAAUAAAGUAACAAUCAAUGCAUUAAAAUCAACAAAAAUUUAUCAUUUAUUAAACAAUGAACAUCUUCUUCGACAACUAAAUUUAAUUGAUAUAUCUCCUAAUGAUUGUGUUCUUGUUCUUGAAGGAUCAAAUGAACAAAUUCUUUCGCAAAAUGAUAUUCAGCAACCUGUAAAUCAUUAUAUAUCAACAGAUAAUCAAUCAAUUCAUUUUAGAAUAUCAAUUAUGAUUCAGAUAUUUCGAUAUGAUAGUUCAGAACCAAUUUCAAUUCAUUUUUCAAAUAGAAAUAUCAUAAUGGAAGAUAUAUUUCAAUCAAUUACUAAUGUUCCAUCCAAUGUUUAUAAAUACUUAGCUUCCAAUUCAACAAAGAAAGUUAUUGAUUAUUGUGACAAACUUUCGAAUAUAAAUGAAACAAAAUUUUUAUUAGUUAAAGAAAAUGAAACGUGUCUUGUAUCAAUUGAAAAACCUAAAAAUAAUCAAUUACUUGAUUUAGAUGAUGGACAAAAUGAUAUUCAUCAACGAUAUACUAUUUAUGCUCGAAUUCUCGAUAUUUACCAGGAAAAUCAACUUGAUAUUGAUCAUCAAUAUUUACUUUAUUCGAAUGAUUUUGUUCCAUCAAUUCAAACACAAUUAAUAUCUUUUCAAUCACCAUCAUCAUUAUCAUCAAUUCGAUUUACUUUAAUCAAUGAAAAUUUACCAGUGAAUAUUACCAUUGCAAAUAAUGAAAAUCAACAAACAAUUCAAUUUCAUUCUUCUUUAACAAUUAAUAUUAAAAGUUUACGUUCGUUUGCUUGUCAAUUAUUUUUAUUAAAUGAGAAUUAUUAUCAAUUAAUGUACGAUGGUUGUCCACUUGAUGAUGAUGAUAUAACUUUAAAUGAUAUUGAUUCUGAUAUGACUCAUAUAGAAUUACAAAUGAAUUCAACAGCAGAGAUUCAUUGUUCAAUUCAAUUUGGUGAACGAAAAAUUAUAUUACCGUGUUCUUCUAAUACAUUAGUAGAAAUGAUUAUUAAAGAAUCAUUAAAAAAAUUAUAUUUAUCUCAAGAUGAAAAUCAGAUUUAUGAAUUAUUUGUUUUAACUGAUGAUGAUCAAACAUCAAUUGAAGAAGAUAUUCCGAUUGAUGAUAUUUAUUCAUUAUUUCCAUCUAAACCAACUCUCAUACCGUUUGAACUAAAGAAGAGAGGCGAAUAG